AUGAAGACUGAAAUACUUCAAACAUUAUAUCCUGUUGGUUCUAUUUAUACGUCAAUGAAUUCAACAAAUCCAGCAAGUGUUUUAGGUUUUGGUACGUGGAAGCAGAUUGUAGAUAAAUUCUUAUACUGUGCUAACUCUUCAAAGCAAACAGGAGGUUCGAAGAAAAUUACUGAAGCAAACUUACCCGCGCACACUCAUACAGGAACGACAAACUUUUCUGGCGACCAUAGCUACUCAUUAAGAGACCACCCAUUAUACAACUCAGAGUAUGAAGCUGGCCAUGACGUUUUAUCUCCAUCUUAUAACAAUGCAGUAAAAAAGAUUUUUCGACCAACUGAACCGGGAGGAAAUCAUUCACACACUUUCACAACAAAUCCAACAGGCUCGGGUGAAGAUUAUAUGCCACCAUUUGUGACUGUAUUCGCAUGGUACCGCGUUCAAUGA